CUCGUGCCAUUGUAGUGACUCAUCUCGGGCAGAGCGCUGGGGCUCCGAGCAAACCAGCGAGCAAGCGAACGGCGUUCGGCGGGGACAGAGAGAGGGAGUGAGAGAGGCGCGGACGGGCGACGCGGGCCCGUCCGGGAGCGGGCGCCGGGGAAGGGGUGCAGGUCCGGGCGCCGCAGCUGUGGCACGGGGAGCGGGGCCGCGUCCCUCUCCGCGCCGGCUCAACUGGAACCCCACCGGCCGCGGGCCGGGCGCAGGCUUCCUUCUUCUAGUCAAGUGUCCGAACCGCUCUAAACUCCGGCGGCGAGUCGGCCACAGGAAGUUUAUUCUCAGCUCCUUUUCUAAAAGGAGGAAAUAGAAGUUUCUCCAAGCGGGCAGCCUUUCUUUUCGCCUUUUUUUUUGCCCUGCCUGAAAUCGGGGGUCCCCAGACCUGGCAGGCUUGACUCGCCGGGCUCCUAUUCUUUUUUACUUUCCAAUUUUUGAUUGAGCCGGCGGUCCGGGCUGAGCUCUGGUUGCGCGCGGGGGCGGGAGGGCGCGCGCAGGGGAGGGACAGAGGGACGCGCGGACUUUUUAGUGGGAGGGACCGGGUGGACAGCCGGACCCGCAGCGCUCGUAGAGCAGGAAAGAAGUGCAGCGCUCGGCGCUCGGGGGGCACUGUUCCCGGGGUGUCGCCGCCGAGGGGCAGAAGCCCGGGAGCGAAGACUAGAGCCCGAGGCGCGGCCCUCAGGGAGCCAGCGCUCAGCAGCCGGUGCGCGGCCUCGGCGAGGGCGGGGGAAGAAAAACACCCUGUUUCCUCUCGGGCCCCCACCGCGGAUCAUGUACCAAGAUUAUCCCGGGAACUUUGAUACCUCAUCCCGGGGCAGCAGCGGCUCUCCUGCGCACGCCGAGUCCUACUCCAGUGGCGGCGGCGGCCAGCAGAAAUUCCGGGUAGAUAUGCCUGGUUCAGGCAGCGCCUUCAUCCCCACCAUCAACGCCAUCACGACCAGCCAGGACCUGCAGUGGAUGGUGCAGCCCACGGUGAUCACCUCCAUGUCCAACCCGUACCCCCGUUCGCACCCCUAUAGCCCCCUGCCGGGCCUGGCCUCUGUCCCCGGGCACAUGGCCCUCCCAAGACCCGGCGUGAUCAAGACCAUUGGCACCACUGUGGGCCGCAGAAGGAGAGAUGAGCAGCUGUCCCCCGAAGAGGAGGAAAAGCGUCGAAUCCGGAGGGAGAGGAACAAGCUGGCCGCGGCCAAGUGCCGGAACCGCCGCCGGGAGCUGACAGAGAAGCUGCAGGCGGAGACGGAGGAGCUGGAGGAGGAGAAGUCGGGCCUGCAGAAGGAGAUCGCCGAGCUGCAGAAGGAGAAGGAGAAGCUGGAGUUCAUGCUGGUGGCCCACGGGCCUGUGUGCAAGAUCAGCCCCGAGGAGCGCCGGUCACCCCCGGCCUCCGGGCUGCAGGCCCUGCGCAGUGGGGGCAGUGGAGGGGUAGGCGCCGUGGUGGUGAAGCAGGAGCCCCUGGAAGAGGACAGCCCCUCGUCCUCGUCGGCGGGGCUGGACAAGGCCCAGCGCUCCGUGAUCAAGCCCAUCAGCAUUGCUGGGGGCUUCUAUGGGGAGGAGCCCCUGCACACCCCCAUCGUGGUGACCUCCACUCCUGCCAUCACCCCAGGCACCUCGAACCUCGUCUUCACCUACCCCAGCGUCCUGGAGCAGGAGUCGCCUGCGUCGCCCUCUGAGUCCUGCUCCAAGGCUCACCGCAGAAGCAGUAGCAGUGGGGACCAGUCGUCAGACUCCUUGAACUCCCCGACUCUGCUGGCUCUGUAACCCAGCUCCCAGGGGCGUCCUCGGCACUGCCUCCUUCCCAGGGACCAGCACCUUUCAGCACUCCAGGGCCUUGAGGGUAAGAAGGGGACCCUGCCAGAGAGCUUCCUGGUUCUGGGGAGACCCAGGUGGGAUUUGGCAGUGAGGCGUUGGAGGACUUGGAUGAUCUCUUGGAAGUCACGGGACCUCCCUCGUUCAUCUUGCAAAGCAAAUCCUGUUUCUUGAAAAACGUUGGAGAACUUGGUUUGGUGGACCCGGGCAUCUCUCUGGCUUCUGAAGAGCCUGAAGCUGGUGUGGACCGUCCCCGUCCCUUUGUCAUGAUAUGUCUCUGGAGUGAUGGUGUCUUUCUCUGCCCCACCACGCAUGCUCAGUGCCUUUUGGUUUCACCUUCCCACUAUUUGCCCCUUCCUUCCCCCAGUGUCAAUUUCACUUCCUCUUGGUUUUUAUCCAAUUUGCCAUGACAUUUCAUCUGCGUGGUCUGAAUAUUAAAGCUCUUCAUUUCUGGAGAUGGGGCAGCAGGUGACUCUUCUGCUGGGGCUGACUUGUCCAGAAGGGGACAGUCAAUGUGCAAUACAGAACCUUUCCUCCCCUGACACUCCCGGUCCACCACCAUCUCCAGAACCACCAGCAGGGCUCCCUGAGCUCUCACGGAGAUGCCGCCGUCGCUGGGAGGCUUGGAGGACCCUUCCUCCCCAUGCUCGGAGACGGCUUUUGGAGGAGCGGCUUGGCCAAAAGACAGGGUGUGAGUGAGACAGCCGGGAUGCCUAAUUACCGGGCCAGGAGUAGUGCCAGCAAGCCACACGGGUGUCCUGAGCAGGACGUCUCCUGUAAUUACUGCCUCGCCGUUCUGCUCCGGACCCUUCUCUCCAGACCAGGGAGGCAUCCCUCCCUAGGAGCCACAGGUCACUCCAAGUCCCUGCCGGCUCUGCCCUCUCCCACCCUGCCUCUCAGGGUGACGCCACCCACGGAGGUUUAAUGAGCGUGGGCCUGGCCCCUCCCCAAGCCUCAAAAGCACCUCUGCUGUGGACAGAAAUGCAGGGGGAGGAAGGAGGGAGGCAGUCGGAGUGGGGUUCGCCUCGCAGCAGCCCCAGCACCCGCUUCUCACCUCUCACCCAGGUGCCUGUUCAACCCCCUGUGGUCAUGUGCUACCUAAUGGAGCUAUAGCGCUUUUGCUUUUACACUCCCCUGCCCCUCACCCCAGCGUGCUCCUCAGAUCCAUCAGCCAGUUGUGAGCAGCCGGCCCAGAGCUGUCACUGUGGCUUGCAGCGUACAUGCCAUGCUUGGGGGCUGCUGAAAUCAGAGAUGAGAUGUGUUGCUUCCCGCUGCAAGCUAGCUGCUCCCUUCCCAUGGGGUGGGGGGCAGGGGAGGGGUCCUCCAGCCUCGCCAAGAGCACAACUCAGCAGAGCUCAGCGUGGUCCCCACCUCCCACCCCUCAAAGCCUUUUCCUCCCCAGGGUUGAUCUUCCAGAAUGAGCUUCUGCUGGGCUAGUGCUCUGAGGGAGACCCCGCUAUUGUGAUUCAGCUCUAGAGAUCAUUGGAUGAUAAUUUAAAACUACAUAGAUAUUAUUUAAAUCAACCCAGUGGGGGUUAGAACUCAAAGUUGGACUCCGGGGAGAGAAAGAGAGCAGUGACAUGGUUCCCUGUUCCCUAUUCCCUUCACGUACCCAGGCCUGGCACGCUGGCUGGUAUUUAAUGUCCAUUAUCCACUUGCCAUGCACUAGACACACAGAAUGGAACAGCCGAAUGCCUAAAAUACACAGACCGCUAUGACUGGGAGUGACGUGUAGCGAGAUAGGGCAUGAAGAGAGAGGAGAUUAAGAGAAAAAGUAUUUUGUCCCCAAAUGCUUUAAAAAUGUUAUUUCCCACAUUCCUUGGCUGUGACGCUGCCCUCCCAGUUCCCCAGAGGUUCUGGGAGGGGCGCUCCUAAUAAGAUUGGGCCACUGGGUUUCUCUGGCUUCAGAUUAAUCAAGGACGCGGCAGUCAGCAAGGAGUAGCAGGAGACGGGCAAAGAGAGCUGGGGUGCGCUCAGCUCUGAAAGGCUUAAUCAUCUCAAGUGGUGUUUGUGGCCGAUUGGGAGCUAUUUGCUUCUUUUUGCAUAUAUAUAUAUAUAUAUAUAUAUAUAUAUAUAUAUAUAUAUAUAUAUAUAUAUAUUUCUUAAAUGAAGCUGCUUUCUGGUGUUUUAUUUCUAAAAGUCCCUUUGUGCCCCACUUUGCACAGCCCUGAUCCCAAGGCAGGUCCCGGUAUGUGACUUGGGGCCGGGCUGGACAUGCCUGAGACAGCGUCUGGCUUUCGUUCCGAUUUCAAGCUGCGUUGGCUUUGGGACCAGCACAAAGCAAAACCCCAGCUGCCCCUCAGGGUCUUGAGGCCUCCGAGCUGUGUUUCUAUUCAGGACCCUCUGGCUUUGUUCUGGGAGGUAGUCUGGCUUCCCCAAAGCCAGAGGUUAUUCGGAGAAAGCUGAAUAUUCACACGUAACGCACUAGUGUAUCCUCAGUCACUUCCUCCUGGCUGUUCUCCAAGUUCACACCAGACCCAGGCCUGCCUCCUCCUCUUCCUCCUCCCUUCCUCCCUCCCCCCUCCUCCUCCUCAGGGAGCAGCCGCAGGGGGGAGGCCUUUGUGCUCAGGCAGGGAACCCUGUGCUCCCCCUGUGUCCCCAGCCGUGAGGCAGCUGGUGUGGACUCCAGUUGGGCUGCAGGCAGCUCUGGGUUGGCAUAGGGCAGGCACCCCUUGACAGGCUGGUGUGAAGCACACCGUCCCCUUGGCCACCUGGCUGGCCUCUCUGGGAAUAGUCCUCUUCCUGGCUGGGUGGAUGGGGACAGCUGCUGACACAGGAAAGAGAGGAGAUCCCAGGCGAAGUUUAGGCAAUUGCCAGAGCCAACUCAAAGCAGAGAGUUCACUGAGGAAGUUUUCAGAAAGAAAUCAUUGUUCUGCCUGUGAGACAGGCACCCAGUAACACAAGCAUCUCCAUGCCAAGAACCAUCAGAGGCUACUGGUUCCCUUGCUCGGGCUUUGGGGAAAGGAGUCUCCUCUCCGCUCCCCCAUGGCUCCAUUUUAAGGAUGAGCUCAACUUAUAGGCAUUGGGACUUUUCUCCCAUUUCCUUGAUGGACCACCAGUGCUUCUUGUAACUUUCAGGUUGAUUUCCUCCUCUGAUGAGACAUCCACAUGGCCUCUUUAAGAAGGAAAAGAAUAACACCUACUAUGUGCCAGACACUGUGUUAGGCACUUUUAUAUAUAUAUACCUUCUUUAGGAUGAGACUGAGCCAUGAGGACUUCCCUUAUUAAAAGCCCACAAGUAAUGAACAAACAAAAACACUUGGAGGUGAGAAGGUCUUUCUCCAAAGAUCCAAGGCAAGAUUGCCUUCAGUCCGAGGUUUGUUCUCAAAGACCCACCCCGUACAAUAUCCUUCCACCUCUAAACUUGUUUUCCCUGUGAUGUGCUCCUUUGCACUCUUCAGAUGGUUGACCUGAGUUUUAUAGAAUUUGUGGACCAAUAGGAUACGUGGUGUGUGUAACUUUCUUUUAAAAACUUAAGUAAAGGGGUCUUGCUAUUUUCUGCUUGUUGAGUCUUCUUGGCAUUCAUCUUAAAAGCCAGCAUCUCACUAUUUAUUGACAGGUCGUGUGUGUGUGUGUGUGUGUGUGUGUGUGUGUGUGUGUUCGUGUGUACAUUUCUAAGUGUGCCCAUGUCCUCCUGCACCUUUUAAAAAGGAAACCCAGUCACCCCACUACCUACUUGACAUCUUUUCAUGCUUCUAGUAUUUUGGUCAUACAUCAAAAAGGGUUUUAAUCUUUUAAUGCUGACAUGUUCAGGAGGAGCUGGGUCAGAUUUUGAGCGGGGCAUGGGAAGGGGAGGGGGAGAAGAAAUUGACAUUUAUUUUAUUAUUUAUUUUAAAUGUUUACAUCUUUGUGUUGUACCAAGCCUGAAUAGAAACAGAUAGCAUUAAAAUGCUCAGUUCCUCUCUCCCUCUCUUUCUUCUUUAUAAUUUUUUUAAAAAUUUAGGCUAAUGAUACUUUUUUUGUUUCUAAAAUGAUUUGUGACUUGUGCUGUAUAAACUGUAUAAAAAAAGGUCUGUUUUUAAAGAUGGACUGUCAUUCCUCUAGGGACAGUGGUCACCAAGAAGUCUACGUUGUAAGAGAACACAAGGAAAGAUCCCUGCCCUGUUCCUCAAAAAAUUAUUUUCUCUGUAUGAUUAAAAGUUUAUUCCAUUUA